UUGUGAAUGUCAAAUCACAGCUGUUAUUCGUUAUGUUGUUGCUCUCUCCGCGUUUGGCAUAAUAGUUAUAUUUUGGUUUAAUAAAAUAUGUUCUAAUGCAUUGCCUUGUGCGACAAACAAGCCGCUUAAGCUGCUGGCUGUCAGCUGCACGAAUUCACACCACAGCCGUGCAACACACUUUCUGGGAACGCGAAAAGAAAUCCGGCUAUAAAACCAAACUGCCAGAACCUUCAAAAAAACAACAAAUUAUUGAUGGAUUUCGUGACUUAAAAGAGGAAAUCAAACUAUGGAAACAGGAAGUUAAAGAAAAGCUGGAAAGCGAUCCGAUAUUGGUAUUUCGCCCCGGAGAAACGGAUGUCGUGUUCGAUUUCAAAGAACCCGAUGUGCUCGACAAGUGGACGGUAACAACGGACGCGGAUCAUGGAGAGGGUAAGAGCAGUGCCACUCUCGAGCUGAGCGCAGCUGGUGCUGGACUCUUUCAUGGCGAAGUUAGCUCGCAGCACACUAAGGAUGGCAUCAUCAAGCGAACAGGCUAUGCAAACAUACGCACCAAGCGUGUGCGAAAAUCCUUCAAAAGAGAAACCACCUACGACUGGACACAGUACAACAUGCUGAUACUCAAAGUGCGCGGCGACGGACGUAGCUAUUUGAUUAAUUUGCACACCGAAGGUUACUUUGAUCUGAUGUGGAAUGAUAUCUAUCAUUAUGUGUUGUACACACGUGGUGGUCCCCAUUGGCAAAUUGCUAAAAUACCUUUCUCCAAGUUCUUCCUGUCGUCCAAAGGACGCGUUCAGGAUCGUCAGAAUGCCAUACAACUGAAUUGUGUAACGCACUUUGGUUUCUCUGUGGCCGCUAAGAAGGGUAUGGACGGUCCAUUUGGGUUGGAAAUUGAUUAUGUUGGCCUAGAGUAUGAUCCUAGUCAUCGGGAGGAGUUUGCCUACGAAAUGUACCGAACACCCAAAUAUAUUGCAGCAACGUAAAAAACGUUAUUCUGUAUAAACUUUGAAAUAAAUGAGCAACACUUAUU